GGCAAAGCCAGACAAGCCUCGAGGCACUCUCAGUCACCUUGCCAUGGCGUUGGCCAUCGAGGUGGCUCGAGAUGACGACAUCCAGCAGGCAUCCGACUUUCUGGAAUCUGAUGGAGGCUCCGACCUGUUUGCCUGCACGGAGACGCUCCGGUCCUUGCAGCGGAGGGCUGCGGAUCGACAAGCCCGUAUUGAGUUGUUGGAGGACCGGGCGCAGGUCGUGGUGCAUGAGCUGGCCAACCGACGCCUGGAGGCGCAAGAAUGUGAGAAGAGUUUUUUCGAGCUGCAGGGCGUCAACAUACGGUCGGUGCAGUUCAGGCGGAUGCAUGGAUUGCGCAACCCUGUGGAAGAGAGGCUGGUGAACCCGGCCCAAAAGGCUCUCCAGGAGAAGACCUCCAAGAUCCUGCAGAGUGUAGAGACCAAUCUCCUCCAAGAGGUGACGCGAGACGGGCGAAGGGAGAUUGACAAGCAUGGCUUCAAAGUCUUCGACGCUGGCGAUCUGAUGGUGACGAAGUCAGAAGAUGCAGCACGUGUUGAAGGCUCGCGGCGGGAAAGCCUGCUGGUCACGUACGCGGCCGACAACUCUGAGCUCCCGCGGCACCUCACUUACUGCAUCGCGGAAGCAACCACCGUGAGGCAGUUGCACUUGGACGCCUGUGCGUACUGGGGGCUCCCAGAGGUGGAGUACGUCCUGAAGAGCACCAACAACUCCAAGCUGCACGAAAACAUGUUGGUCCACGACUGCCUGCGGCGGAAUGAGGACGGCCAUUUUGUGCUGGUGCACAAGACGCCGAAGAACCCAAUCAUCCUGCAGCAGGAGUGGUUAGACAUCCAGCCGAAGUUUGGAAGGAAGAAGGUGAAGCGACCGGCGGAGGAGGAGCAGAAGCUGGGCUCGUCCACUGCAGUUGGCAACAACUCUUCCCUGGCGGAGCAGAUGGUGAUGCUGCCGGGGCUCUUCCAGUUCAUGACGCAGCGUGACCGCGACGCCCGGAGGCACUUGCCACCACUCAAGUUGCGGAGUCUUUGCGUCUACUUGAUGCUGCUGGUUCUCACUGCUUGGUGCUUGUUCCGUUUGCGGCCGCCCCUGUAUUCCUACUGGUGCAAUGAAGGCAUUGCUCAGGUCAUGACAGGCGAAAUCCACUCCGCCCCCUUCGAGAGCAUCCGCUCGGUAGAGGGCAUUUGGACAUGGCUCGAAGAGACAGUGGCAGCGGAGCUUUUCGUGGAGGAUUCCGUGCUGCGACGCCACAACUAUCUGCUCGGCUAUGUGCAGGUGCUGACGCAGCAGGUCACGGAAACGGAGUCCUCCACCUGCGUCCAGGCCUCCGCAGUCCAGGGGACCGGCAACUUUACCUGUGUGGGUCUUUCCUUCGACGAAUCGAAUGCAGACAAGACGAGGCAACAGGAGAUCGAGGCGUACUGGAGCGGUAAGGUUGGCCAGGAUGGCCGGUCCUUUUCCGAGCCCUGGGUCUUCUCAACAGGCCGCACCGCAGGUGCACAUCCACAGACCGACGCAUUCAGGGAGUUUGACGCUUCCGGGUAUAGUGCGGAUUAUCACCUGCAGUACACGCCCCUGUCGAAAGUCCACGACGCGUUUCUCAACGACAUGAAGUUCUUGCAGCAGGUCGACUGGCUCUCUCCGCACACCCGGGCCUUGCAUGUGAGCUUCGUGGUCUUUAAUGCCAACCACCAGACUUGGGUGUGGAACAGAUUCACCUUCGAGAUGACUGCCUUCGGUGUCAUCUACCCACUGUCUCACAUUGAGGAUUUCAGGCCCCGGCUCAAUGAGUAUGGCAUGGAGUACGGCCUGCUUGGAGCAGACCUGGCAAGGCUCGUCUUGGUGAUCCUCGUUUGCUUUCAGGUCUUCCUGGAUGUUUGGCGACUGCAGACGGCCACUGGCGCUGGCUGGAAGCACUUCUUGACACUGCAGGCCAUCACGGACUUGCUCAUUUUCGUGCUUUUCCUGGUAGCGUUCAUCCGCCGCAUGGCCUUCUACACCAGCGAGUCCUCGGUGAGCCACGCCAUGGCCGCGUUCAACGAGCUGAGCUUUCACGACGUUGGGCAGAUUUCCGCGUCUUACAACUUCAAUGCCAUAUUGGACGGAGUGGUGGUGGCCCUGUGCUGCUUCCGCUUCGCCUACUUCAUGCGGGUGAGUCGCGCCGUCUUCGUGGUCUGGAGCGCCGUGGAGCGCGCCGCCAGCGUGGCCAGUAGCUUGGUGCCUUUGGUGCUGCUCUCUUUGCUGGGCUUUGUGGUCGUGGGCAUGGCCGUGGACUCUCGCGACAGUCCCUACACAAGGACCAUUGGCUUGAUCACCACGCGGGUGGUGAUGCUGCUGGCAGGAGACGAUAGGACAGUGGCUGCUCUUCACCCGGAUCGGCCCGCGGAGUUGCUGUACAGCGUGGUGCUGUCCGCCUCUUUCAGGCUCUUUAUUCUCAACACUUGGAUUGCGGUAAUGAUGCAGGAGUACCACCGUGUUCGCAUUGCCGCUGGCUUUGAUCCGAAGCAGUACAGGUGGAAGGAGUACGACUGGGUGCGUUGGGGCGUGGCUUGGCCCUUCAGCAGCCUCUACCUCCGGUUUCGGCCCAAAGCAGAGCCUUCCAAGCGCUUCACGGACGAGGAUUCCGUGGCAAGUUGGUGAAACCAACCAAUCGCGUCGAGCAAGUAAUUCACGUCGGUGGCAGGUUUUUUCGCUCAUUUUUGUGGCGGUCUGUCCCAAAACAUUGUCAUGGGCUUGUUCCUGUGCUUGGAGUCUUGACAUUUUUUGGCGGCUUCCCGGAUGGGACCAAUCUGUCAGACCGUGGGAAUUUUUUCUCCGUCAUUUACAAAAUGCCCGAAAAGCCCCAGGGCUUUCAGCCUGGCAGGUGUCCUUGGAACGCAGCGAAAGGCGCCUAAGAUGCGCCGGGAUUGUGCAUGCCUCGAUUGUUGU